AUGGUCUUACCUAUUCUUUCUUUCUUUCUUUUUUCUUUCUUUUUUUCUUUCUUUCUUUCUUGUUCUUUUACUUUUUCUUUCAAAUAUAACGAUACUUUCUUUCUUUCUUUCUUUCUUUCAGAUAAGCUCAUGCUUGUUUACUUUUUUCUUUCAAAUAAACAAUGCAUUCUUUCUUUCUUUCUUUCUUUCUUUCUUUCUUUCUUUUCUUUUCUUUCUUUCUUUCUUUCUUUCUUUCUUUUCUUUUCUUUCUUUCUUUCUUUCUUUUCUUUUCUUUCUUUCUUUCUUUCUUUCUUUCUUUCUUUUCUUUUCUUUCUUUCUUUCUUUCUUUCUUUCUUUUCUUUUCUUUCUUUCUUUCUUUCUUUCUUUCUUUCUUUCUUUCUUUCUUUCUUCCUCUUUUUUCUUUCCUUUUUCUUUCUUGACAUUUUUUCAUUCAAAUAUGCCAACUCUUUCUUUCUUUCUUUCUUUCUUUCUUUAAACUUUCUUUCAAAUAUUCCUAAGCUUUUUUCUUUCCUUUUUUCUUUCUUGACAUUUUUCUUUCAAAUAUGCCCACGCUUUCUUUCUUUCUUUUCUUUCUUUCUUUCUUUCUUUCUUUCUUUAUUUAUUUAUUUAUUUAUUUAUCAAUGUAUUUCGUUUCGUCGGCUUCCCUUUUUUGGUUUCCCUAAUUAUUAUCAUUCUCUCUUCUUCCUUCUCUCCCUUCCUCCCUUCUUAUUUUCCAAAUCUCUUUUACGUCUUUCUUCUUUUUCUAUUUUUUUCUCCUCUUUCAAUUCUUCAUCACUAGCUUCCCUUUUGCCAUCUCUAUUCGCUAUCAAAGGAAAAACAUGGUCGACCCACCAGAUUAACAACAGAUCGCUGCCACACUUUGUCCUUCCUCCCGAUAUUCGUUUGCAUUUACCUUUCUUUCUUUCUUUCUUUCUUUCUUUCUUUCUUUCUUUCUUUCUUUCUUUCUUUUCACUCGUCCCUCUUGCCGUCCGUGUGUCUGACCAUCUUGCGGGUCUUAUCGGGACUACAGUGCAUCAUGGCUGA